GCAGGUGUAUGUGUUGGGGAGGACAGUGGAGGACCCCAGGGAUUUGCUCCCCCAGUCCCAACCGUUGACUAUCUGGGUUCCUCAGGCGCAGCUGGGGAAACAGGCUUCCCCCGGACCGCGGAGAAGCCACCCCUCUCUCCAAAGCGCGCUUCUCCCCCAUCCCCCUCGGCGCGCUUCCGCCGACCGCGCUCCCGGGUCCGGAUCGAGCGCGCGCCCCCGGCUCUCCCGCCCGCGGCCGAGGGGCGGGACCGGCUCGGCUCCCCCGGCGCUGCAGCCCGCAGCCCCCUCCCCUCGCCUCCUCGCCGCUGGCGGCCACCGCGUCGCUCCGGCCCGGGCCCCACCCCAGGCGACUCUGCGAGGAGAGGCCGGAGGCGGAGGUGCAAGAUGGACAACAAGUUGAGAGACAAGGCGAAGGCAGGGGCCGCCGCGCGGACGCCGGCUGCUCGCCCUCCUGGACUUCUGACCCCUAGGACCCCAGGCUCUCCUCGACCCCCUCCCCCAGUAACUCCCGCAGCCCUCCGAGUUCUGGGAGCUGCGGGAGCAGUGGGGCGAAAGCCUCUGGCAGAGCGAGCGGGGGGCAUCGGCGGGGCCACUAUUCCCGAGUCUGCUCCCCGAGCGGGACCAACGCGGAGUGCUGGGACAAGUUCCCGAAACCCAGCCUCCAGGCCCCCAGCCUCUGGGAGAGGGGAGAGAGCUCCUCCUGCCAAGAACACCAGCCCAGGCCCUGUUUCUAGCCCAGGGCGUGGCAGCGGGACCACCAGGCCAGGCCCUCUUGGCCAGAAGGGACUCCGGAUCCCAGCAGAGGAAACUGUGGCCAGAGGAAAAGCUACAGAGGCUCCCAAAAGGAGUGCCCUCAGCGCUGGGGCACGGAGAGACACUUCCGGGCCUACCCCAGGAACCCCCUCCCCGGCCAUGGCCCGUCGGUCCCGGGCUGUGGGCACCGAGGUGGGGCUCCCCCGGCCAGCUCCGAGUGCUCGGCCACGGCCCCCGACAGAGGGCCCCCGGAAAUCAGUGAGCAGCGCCUCGGAGCACAGUACCACCGAGCCAAGCCCGGCUGCCAGGAGGCGGCCCAGCGCCGGUGGGGGUCUCCAGAGGCCGGCUUCGCGCUCCCUGAGCUCCAGCGCCACCCCUCUCUCCUCCCCAGCCCGUUCUGGGCCCUCAGCCCGCGGAACACCCAGGGCUCCUGCGCAUCCCUCGCAGCCCAAGCUGAAAGGACUGCAGGCUCUGCGCCCCCCUCAGGUCACACCCCCAAGGAAGGACGCAGCCCCAGCACUAGGCCCGCUUUCUUCCUCUCCUUUGGCCACACCCUCUCCAUCGGGUACCAAGGCAAGACCCGUACUGCCUCCCGACAACGCAGCCACUCCCCUGCCAGGCACGCUCCCUCCCUCUCCACCGGUAACGCCCCCUCCGCCAGCCCCGCUCCAAAGUCAGGCCCCGCCCACCCUGCCGGCCACGCCCCACUCGUCGAGCCUUACCUGCCAGUUGACCACGCCCCUUCCUCUAGCCCCUCCUUCUCCCUCUGCUCCACCCUCUCUGCAGACCCUCCCCUCUCCACCAGCCACGCCCCCCUCUCAAGCUCCACCCACACAGCUGAUCAUAUCCUUUCCAGAAGCAGGCGUCUCUUCCCUGGCCACAGCCGCUUUUGGGGCUUCAGUCUCUCCAUCAGUUUCAUCCCCUCUGCAGAGUAUGCCCCCCACCCAAGCUAAUCCAGCGUUGCCCUCUCUUCCGACUCUCCUCUCUCCCUUGGCCACACCUCCUCUGUCAGCCAUGUCUCCUCUACAAGGCCCUGUUUCUCCGGCAACAUCUCUGGGGAAUCCGGCUUCUCCCCUGGCCACACUCCCUCAGCCAGGCCUUUCUGCUCUGACCACGCCCCCUCCGCAGGCCAGUCCUUCCCCGUCUCCGCCCACUCCCCAGGCCACGCCCCAAACUCUGGCCACUCUUCCUCUGCUGGCCUCUCCCUCUCCUUUGACCACAGUCUCUCUGCAGGAUCCUCCUCUAGUUUCUCCCUCUCUUUUGGCCUCAUCGCCUCUGCAGGCUCCGCCCCACCCACAGGCCCCACCUUCUAUGACUACGCCCCCUAUGCAGGCCCCGCCCUCUCUCCAGACCAUUCCCCCAAUACAGGUCCCACAUUCUCUGACCUCACCGUCUCUGCAGGCACCUCCCUCUCCUCUGGCUUUGUCCUCUCUGCAGGCCACAACUUCUUUGGGCUCACCCACUCUGCAGGCCACACAUUCUUUCCUGACAAUGUCCCCUAGGCAAACCCAAGCUUCUUUGACCUCACCUUCUUGGCCGGCCUCUACCCCCCCUCAUUCACCCCCUCUGCAGGCCCCUCUUUCCCUUCCUGCCUCACCCCCUCUGCAGACUUCUCUCUCUCCUGCUGUCUCACCCCUAAACUCACCCCUGACCAUACCCCCUCUGCAGGCGCUAUCUUGUCUGGCCUCCCACUCUCCUCAGGCACCUCCCUCUUCCCUGACCAUGACCCCUCUGGAGACCCAAUCUUCCCUAGCCCCGCCCUCUCUGCAGACACCUCCUGCUUCCCUGACCACACCCCCUCUGGAGAACCUACCUUCUCUAGCCCCGCCCCCUCUGCAGACAGCUUCUGCUCCCCUGACCACACCCCAUCUGGAGACUCCACCUUGUCCAGCCCCACGUCCUCUGCAAGCACCACCUUCGCCAUUGACCACGCCCCCUCCGGAGACGCCCUCUUCCAUAGCCACGCCUCCUCCACAGGCCCCACCUGCUCUGGCCUCACCCCCUUUGCAGGGCCUGCCCUCUCCCCCUCUGUCUCCUUUGGCCACGCCCCCUCCACAGGCCCCACCUGCCCUGGCCUUGCCUCCUCUGCAGGCCCCUCCCUCUCCCCCUGCCUCACCCCCUCUGUCUCCUUUGGCCACACCCUCUCCACAGGCCCCAAAUGCUCUGGCAGCGCACCUUCUGCAGGCCCCUUUCUCUCCCCCUCCCUCACCCACAGUGUCUCCUUCGGCCACGCCCCCUCUACAGGCCCCACCCUCUCUAGCCGCACCUCCUCUGCAGGUCCCACCCUCUCCCCCUGCCUCUCCACCAAUGUCUCCUUCAGCCACGCCCCCUCCACAGGCCCCACCCCCUCUAGCUGCACCUCCUCUGCAGGUCCCACCCUCUCCCCCUGCCUCUCCCCCAGUGUCUCCUUCGGCCACGCCCCCUCCACAGGCCCCACCCCCUCCCGCAGCUCCUCCUCUGCAGGUCCUGCCCUCUCCCCCUGCCUCACUCCCAGUGUCUCCUUUGGCCAAGCCCCCUCCACAGGCCCCACCCGCUCUGGCCACACCUCCUCUGCAGGCCCCUCCUUGUCUGCCUGCCUCACUCCCUGGGCAGGCCCCUUUCUCACCCUCUGCCUCACCCACAAUGUCUCCUUUGGCCACGCCUCCUCCACAGGCCCCACCUGUUCUGGCAGCGCCCCUUCUGCAGGUCCCUCCCUCUCCCCCUGCCUCACCCACCCUGCAGGCCCCACGCCGCCCCCCGACCCCAGGUCCGGAUACCUCCGUCUCGGGCCCACGGCUGACCCUGGCGUUGGCCCCCGGCCCGCCGCCGCCGCCCUCGCGUAGCCCGUCCAGCACGCUGAGCGGCCCGGACCUGGCCGGCCACAGCAGCAGCGCCACAAGCACGCCAGAGGAGCUGCGUGGCUACGACAGCGGGCCCGAGGGCGGUGCCGCAGCCUCCCCGCCCCCCGACGCAGAGCUCGCCGCUUGCCACCCGGCUGCCUGGAGUCGAGGCCCCGCUCCGCCGCUGGCUUUCCGCGGAGCCCCAGGUGCGCCCCUGCCGUGGCCUCCCGCUGCUGGACCGGGCUCUGCUGACGGUCUGUGCACCAUCUACGAGACUGAAGGGCCCGAGUCGGCGACCCCCGCCCCAGGCGCACUGGAUCCGGGGCCCAGUCCCGGCGCAAGCUGUGGGAAGGCGGCGGCUGGGGCCGGGGCGGGGGCGUCCUCGCGGAGCCCGAAGCAGACGCGCCUGGGCGAGCUGCCACUGGGGGCGCUGCAGGCGAGCGUCGUGCAGCACCUGCUGAGCCGGACGCUGCUGCUGGCGGCAGCCGAGGGUGCCGCGGGCGGCAGCGGCGGGGGCCCAGGAGGUGCGGCGGAUGGUGGCGUCGCGGGGGGCGCCCGGGCUGCACUCAGCGACGCCGAACUCGGCCGCUGGGCCGAACUACUGUCUCCCCUGGACGAGUCCCGUGCCAGCAUCACCUCGGUCACCAGCUUCUCUCCGGACGACGUGGCCUCUCCGCAGGGUGACUGGACCGUGGUGGAGGUGGAGACCUUCCACUGAGCCAGACCACAGCCCCGCCUGCUACGCCCCACCCCUGCCUUAGGAUGCGCCCCUCCGGGUACGCCGUUUGUUUUAGACCCCGCCUCCACUGCCCUGGAGCCCCGCUGGGUGGAUUAGUCUUAGCUCCCUAGAGCCUGAGCCUUUCGGCCCAGGCUCCACCCUUGCCUUUGGCCUCGGAGGCUCGGGACCUACCCACAGCUUUGACCUAGGCCCGCCCCUCGAGCUCCGCCCCUUUGGCCUAGGACACGCCCCGUUUCCCCAAGCCCCGCCCCAUGUCCAGUGUAUUGCCCACCGCGCACAGCCUGAGUUUGCAAUAAAAUUGGGACACUGG